GCGUGGGUCGUUGCCGGUUGUGGGCUUUGCGGUGCGGCCAUGGCGGACUCCACACAGAAUGGGCCUAUGCAAGGCGGGGCUGGCGGCGGAGCCGUCCAAUUUCUGAUGGCUAACAAGUUGGAUACAGCGAUGUGGAUUUCCCGCUUGUUCACAGUUUACUGCUCAGCUUUAUUUGUCCUGCCUCUUCUAGGGUUGCAUGAAGCAGCGAGCUUUUAUCAGCGUGCCUUGCUGGCAAAUGCUCUAACUAGUGCCCUCCGACUACACCAAAGGCUACCACACUUUCAGCUUAGCAGGGCGUUCCUGGCCCAGGCUUUGCUGGAGGACAGCUGCCACUACCUGCUGUACUCUCUUAUCUUUGUGAAUUCCUACCCAGUUACAAUGAGUAUCUUUCCAGUUCUGCUGUUCUCUUUGCUUCAUGCUGCCACAUACACAAAGAGGGUUCUUGAUGCACGAGGUUCAAACAGUCUGCCCUUCCUGAGAAAUCUUUUGGAGAAACUGAGUGCUAAUCAACAGAAUAUUCUAAAAUUCAUUGCUUGCAAUGAAAUCUUCCUGAUGCCAGCUACAGUUUUUAUGCUCUUCAGUGGCCAAGGGAGUCUGCUGCAGCCAUUCAUUUACUACAGAUUUCUUACAUUACGCUACUCCUCUCGGCGAAAUCCAUACUGUCGGACUCUCUUCACUGAGCUGAGGAUUGUUGUUGAACACUUAAUAAUGAAGCCCUCCUGCCCUGUUUUUGUAAGAAGACUAUGCCUCAGCAGCAUUUCCUUUAUAAGCAGAUUGGCACCAACUGUUGCAUAGCCAAAUUUCAGGCACUUGUGUUUUGUGAACAUUAUGAGCAGCUGGCACUUCUGCUGAUGACUAAGAAUUCCUGGUUUUACACUGAUCUUACUCCAGGCUGUAUAAAAACGUGUAUAUGCUUUUCUUGGAGAUACUAUGAAAUCUAGCAUAUCAAAAGCAAGUCAUGGAAACUUAAAAUUACUGUGCUGUAUUGCUAAUUGGUGGGGAAAAAAAUUAACUGCAUCUGAUUGAAAACUUACCCAGUCUAUUACAGAGUUUUGGUUUUGUUAGGAAUUGUCUGAGCUUGAUUAAAACUUUUAAGGAGUCUGUAUCAGUAGGUUUAUGUUAGUUGGAACUAUAGCUGCUGUAGGAUGUCUGCAGUGGAUGGCAUUUGGUACACAUGCCUAUGCAGUACACAUUGCACAGUAUUCUGCUUACUAUAUAUAUCUGUAGAACCAUUCUGUCUAAAUUGCUAUGCUCAAUGUCAUAAUAUGGCCCACUUAGAAUUUGGUCUCUCCUGUUAAAUUCAGUCAAGCUGACACAGUUAACCCUUUCCUGAAGGGCAGGCUAUUUUUAUUACUACUGCUUCAAAAGAAUUCUUCCAAGUUUCUACCUUGUAACAUCUUAUGCUAUUGGAAGUAAUCUCAAGACUGAUCAUGGAAAACUGUGCAGUUAACUUGUCAUAAUGAGAUAUUUUACCAAGCCAAAUUGCUGACCUGUAGGCUUUUCAGACAAAGAUGCUGUGUUUAAACUUUGAGCUAUCUCUUGCAGAAUCAUUGCAGGUUUGUUUUUGUGUCUACACAGAUGUGAGACUGCAGUAACUCAAGCAUGACAGCUCCUUAGGAAAUGAAUCUGUAGCUAGCUCUGUAUAAAUUGUUAUUCCAGUUUCUGAGAUGCUAAUUGUGAUGGAAAAUUUGCAUAAAGGAUUGCACCUGUUUAGGCAGCUUCUGAAACAAAUGGGUGUAGGAUUUUUUUGGGGUGUAAAGUCAUCUGAUGAUUUAUCUGAAGCCAGUGCCAUGACUACAGCAGUGAAUAUUGCAUUGAGUGCUGAUUAUGCUGAAAGGUAUGUCAUGGAAAAAGAAUAUUCAUCUGGGUGAACACAACUUCCUUCCAUAAAUUCAAGGCAAAGUAUUUGUCUGAUCUUCUGUAAUUAGUGUUGGUGUUCUAAAUGCAUAGAUUUAAAUGGGUUUCACUGGCCUCUUGUAAAACCUCUCUAGCACUGCACUUGACUGUUCUUCCUUGGUUGGAGAAAUCUUCUGUGAAACAGUUCCAAAACCAAUCUUGAAGCGAAGUAUUUUCCUGUAACUGUUGAGCUCUUUUGAUUUUGUGAUGUGGAUAU